CUUUCGCAUGUCCAACCAUUCUGCGUCGUCCGGAGUAACAGCCACGCACACUAGAAAAAAGGUAAAACGCACUUUCAGAAAGGGAGAGAGUGAGAAGGGAGGGGAUAGAGGAAAAACGCCCUGGACACCGAGGGAGACUCGGGUUGAUAGAGAAAGAAAAGUAUUUUAGAAGAGAGAAAUAACUUUUGAUUGGGAAGAAGAAGAAGAAGAAGAAGUGCUUUUAUCGACUGCUGGGACGGAGGAGGAGAAGAGAACACUGCCAAAGAUGCUCAAGCUGCUGUGUUGAAGUUGUUGCAGCUCAGACUGCUCAUAGACAAACAAACAGAGAAAGACAAGAAGCAAAAGAGACCGAGAGAAGAAGCUUUACUUGAGCAAUCCAAAGAAAACCAAGGCAGAAACGAACCACACCAGAGCAUAGGCAGAGGACAAGGAAAACCAAAGGAUGGCUGAGGAGGAGGAGACCAGGGAGGUGCUCUUCUCUGACUGGUCGGGUCCAGAGAAACAGGGAAUGACCCUUGAGCAGUCAGGAGAAGGAGAGAUCUAUGUCAAAGAGGUGAAAAUGGAGUCGCCUGCUGGACGCACUGGAAGAGUACAUGAGGGUGAUCAAAUCGUGGGGGCCACCAUCUACUUUGACAACAUGAGUUCCGAGGAGACGGCGGAGCUCCUUAAGACCUUAAACAAACACAAGGUUGGACUGAAACUACAAAACAAGGACAAGUCACCCUGCCGUUCCCCCAUGGGAACUCUGUCACCCUGCCGUUCCCCCAUGGGAACUCUGACGAAUGAAGGGAAGGGAAGGUUUGGAGGCUCCAGCCAAGACAAUAUCCUGAGUGGGGAUGAUGAAGACUACAAGAGAAUAUAUUCCAAGAAGAUUAAGCCCCGGCUGAAGUCUGAGGAUCUGGCUGAGGGCGUGGACGUCCGUACGGAGCGCCACAGCAGCACCAGCACCGACGGCAGCACGAUCACUACCAUCACCCGUCGCAUCACCACCUACACCGUGGACAUGCCGGGGGGCGUGGAUGAGCAGCUUGAGCUCACCGGCCCAGAGCAGUCAGGAGGGGACAGCUCGUCGUCUCAAAUCCGAGUUUUACACGGAAGCGGAAGCCCUUCAGGCAUAGGUGGUGGAUUGGUGGCGGGUGAACUAGGAGGUGACGGUGUUUCUUUCACUGGGCCACAUGUCACUAGCUCUUCUGAGAAGCACUGGAGCACUGGAGGGGUGAAGACCACCGCUGUUACGAGGGAGAUGGAGGUGGGAGAUGGUGGAGCAGCAGGGAUCAGAUUCAAAGGACCUAGCUUUGGAAUGUCGGGGGCGAAGGGUCAGGGGGAGUUCGGCCUCUGUAGACGGGGUGAGCAGGGGGACGGGAGCUUUCUGGUUUCAGGUGGCUCAGGUGACUACCAGGCAGGAUCAGCUAGUGUCACAGUCCCUGGAAGAACAACAAAUAUUUCCUCCAGCUCCAUAUCAAUGGGUGAAGGGGAGGCGAGAGGAGUAGACUUUAAUUUGCCUGGUAGAGGAAGUGCAGACUGGGUCGGAGGUUUAGUACCUGAAAUAACCGUUAGUGAUCAACAGAUGAGAGGGUCGGCGAGUCUCUCCGGAGGGAACCAGGGUGGGGUUUCCUUACCCAACAAGCCAGGAAUUGAUACAGGGUUGAAUGGAGGCAAGAUAUCAACAGACAUAAGAGCGCCAAAACUUGACAUCAAUACCCCAGGCAUAAAGGAGUCUGGCUCGGUGAAAAUGUCUGUAAAAGGACAGUCAAUAAAAGAAACAACCAUUGAAAGUGAAAGCAAACUCAAAGGUGGCAUCAAAAUACCAUCAUUUGGACUGAACACUGGAGGUGCAGAGAGCGAUGGAGAUGUUAAACUACCGAAGGUGAAGGGCACUGUGGAUGUUUCGGUUCCAGGGGUAGAUGUAGAUGUAUCAGGCCCAUCUAUGAAUGUGAAAGGAGGAAAGAAGAUGGGUGGUGUUGACAUCAAAACACCCAAAGUUCAAGGUUCAGGUGUUGAUAUAGAAGGUCCAGAAGGCGGUUUCAAGAUACCCAAAGUAAAGAUGCCAUCAUUUGGGAUCAAAGGAGCCGGACGUGAGGGUCCUGGUGUUGAUGUCAACCUACCAAAAGCUGACAUUGACAUCAAGGCUCCCAAAGUUGAUAUUAAAGGUCCAUCAAUAUCAGGACCAAAGAUCUCAAUGCCCGAUGUGGACAUCAAUUUGAAAGGUCCAAAGGUGAAGGGAGACGUGAAUGUAUCAUUGCCAAAGCUAGAAGGAGACAUCAAGGCUCCCAAAGUAGACAUUGAAGGGCCAGAUAUUGACGUUGAAGGAUUUGAAGGUGGAUUCAAAAUGCCAAAGAUAAAGAUGCCCUCAUUUGGAAUCAAAGGACCCAAAGUUGAGGGAGAUGUUGAUGUCAAACUACCUAAAGGUGAGAUUGACAUCAAGGGACCUAAUGUUAAUAUGAAAGGUCUAGCACUUGACAUCGAAGACCCUGAUGGAAAAAUCAAGGUCCCAAAAUUCAAGAUGCCAUCAAUGUCAGGCCCAAAGAUCUCAAUGCCUGAUAUGGACAUCAGUCUUAAAGGGCCCAAGCUGAAGGGUGAUGUGGACAUGUCAGUGCCAAAGAUAAAAGGAGACAUAUCAGCACCCAAAGUAGACAUUGGAGGUCCAGAUGUUGACAUUGAAGGUUCAGGAGGAUUUAAGAUGCCAAAGAUGAAGAUGCCGUCAUUCGGAUUCAAAGGACCUAAAUUGGAGGGCCCUGAUAUUGAUGUUAACCUACCAAAAGCUGACAUUGACAUCAAGGCUCCCAAAGUUGACAUUAAAGGUCCAUCACUAUCAGGACAAAAGAUCUCCAUGCCCGAUGUGGACAUCAAUAUGAAAGGUCUAGAGGUGAGGGGAGACGUGGAUGUGUCAGUGCCAAAAAUAAAAGGAGAUCUGAAAGCACCCAAAGUAGACAUUGAAGGUCCAGAUGUUGACAUUGAAAGUCCUGAAGGCGGAUUCAAGAUGCCAAAGAUAAAAAUGCCGUCAUUUGGGUUCAAAGGUCCAAAAUUGGAGGGUCCAGAUGUUGAUGUUAACCUACCAAAAGCUGAUAUAGACAUCAAAGCACCCAAAGUGGACAUUAAAGGUCCAGAACUUGACAUUGAAGGCCCUGAUGGUAAAAUCAAAGGGCCGAAAUUCAAGAUGCCGUCAAUGUCAGGACCAAACAUCUCAAUGCCUGACGUGGACUUCAAUCUAAAAGGUCCAAAGAUGAAGGGAGAUUUCGAUGUGUCAGGAGACCUCAAAGCACCCAAAGUAGACAUAGAGGGGCCAGAUGUUGACAUUGAAGGUUCAGGAGGAUUUAAGAUGCCAAAGAUGAAGAUGCCAUCAUUUGGAAUCAAAGGACCUAAAUUGGAGGGUCCAGAAAUGGAUGUUAACCUACCAAAAGCUGACAUUGACAUUGAAGGUCCAGAAAUUGACAUUAAAGGGCCUGAUGGUAAAAUCAAAGACCCCAAAUUCAAGAUGCCAUCAAUAUCUGGACCAAAGAUCUCAAUGCCCGAUGUGGAUAUCAAUCUGAAAGCUUCAAAGGUGAAGGGAGAGGUGGAUGUAUCAGUGCCAAAGCUUGAAGGCGACAUCAAAGCACCCAAAGUAGACAUUAAAGGUUCAGGUGUUGACAUUCUUGGUCCAGAAGCUGGUUUCAAGAUGCCUAAAGUAAAGAUGCCAUCAUUUGGAAUCAAAGGAGCCGGACUUGAGGGUCCUUAUGUCGAUGUCAACCUACCAAGAGCUGAAAUUGACAUCAAGGCUCCCAAAGUAGACAUUGAAGGGCCAGAUGUUGACAUUGAAGGAUUUGAAGGUGGAUUCAAAAUGCCAAAGAUAAAGAUGCCCUCAUUUGGAAUCAGAGGACCCAAAAUUGAGGGAGAUGUUGAUGUCAAACUACCUAAAGGUGACAUUGAAAUAAAGGGACCUAAUGUUAACAUCAAAGGUCCAGAACUUGACAUUGAAGACCCUGAUGGUAAAAUCAAAGGGCCGAAAUUCAAGAUGCCGUCAAUGUCAGGACCAAAUAUCUCCAUGCCCGAUGUGGACUUCAACCUAAAAGGCCCAAAGAUGAAAGGAGAUUUCGAUGUGUCAGGAGACGUCAAAGCACCCAAAGUAGACAUUGAAGUUCCAGAUGUUGACAUUGAAGGUUCAGGAGGAUUUAAGAUGCCAAAGAUGAAAAUGCCAUCAUUUGGAUUCAAAGGUCCUAAAUUGGAGGGUCCAGAUGUUGAUGUUAACCUACCAAAAGCUGAUAUAGACAUCAAAGCGCCUAAAGUGGACAUUAAAGGUCCAGAACUUGACAUUGAAGGCCCUGAUGGUAAAAUCAAAGGGCCAAAAUUCAAGAUGCCAUCCAUUUCUGGACCAAAGAUCUCCAUGCCUGAUGUGGACUUCAACCUAAAAGGUCCAAAGAUGAAAGGAGAUUUCGAUGUGUCAGGAGACCUCAAAGCACCCAAAGUAGACAUUGAAGUUCCAGAUGUUGACAUUGAAGGUUCAGGAGGAUUUAAGAUGCCAAAGAUGAAGAUGCCAUCAUUUGGAUUCAAAGGUCCUAAAAUGGAGGGUCCAGAUGUUGAUGUUAACCUACCAAAAGCUGAUAUAGACAUCAAAGCGCCCAAAGUGGACAUUAAAGGUCCAGAACUUGACAUUGAAGGCCCUGAUGGUAAAAUCAAAGGGCCGAAAUUCAAGAUGCCGUCAAUGUCAGGACCAAAUAUCUCCAUGCCCGAUGUGGACUUCAACCUAAAAGGUCCAAAGAUGAAAGGAGAUUUCGACGUGUCAGGAGACCUCAAAGCACCCAAAGUAGACAUUGAAGUUCCAGAUGUUGACAUUGAAGGUUCAGGAGGAUUUAAGAUGCCAAAGAUGAAGAUGCCAUCAUUUGGAUUCAAAGGUCCUAAAAUGGAGGGUCCAGAUGUUGAUGUUAACCUACCAAAAGCUGAUAUAGACAUCAAAGCGCCCAAAGUGGACAUUAAAGGUCCAGAACUUGACAUUGAAGGCCCUGAUGGUAAAAUCAAAGGGCCAAAAUUCAAGAUGCCAUCCAUUUCUGGACCAAAGAUCUCCAUGCCCGAUGUGGACUUCAACCUAAAAGGUCCAAAGAUGAAAGGAGAUUUCGAUGUGUCAGGAGACCUCAAAGCACCCAAAGUAGACAUAGAGGGGCCAGAUGUUGACAUUGAAGGUUCAGGAGGAUUUAAGAUGCCAAAGAUGAAGAUGCCAUCAUUUGGAUUCAAAGGUCCUAAAUUGGAGGGUCCAGAUGUUGAUGUUAACCUACCAAAAGCUGAUAUAGACAUCAAAGCGCCCAAAGUGGACAUUAAAGGUCCAGAACUUGACAUUGAAGGCCCUGAUGGUAAAAUCAAAGGGCCGAAAUUCAAGAUGCCGUCAAUGUCAGGACCAAAUAUCUCCAUGCCCGAUGUGGACUUCAACCUAAAAGGUCCAAAGAUGAAAGGAGAUUUCGAUGUGUCAGGAGACCUCAAAGCACCCAAAGUAGACAUUGAAGUUCCAGAUGUUGACAUUGAAGGUUCAGGAGGAUUUAAGAUGCCAAAGAUGAAGAUGCCAUCAUUUGGUUUCAAAGGUCCUAAAUUGGAGGGUCCAGAUGUUGAUGUUAACCUACCAAAAGCUGAUAUAGACAUCAAAGCACCCAAAGUGGACAUUAAAGGUCCAGAACUUGACAUUGAAGGCCCUGAUGGUAAAAUCAAAGGGCCGAAAUUCAAGAUGCCGUCAAUGUCAGGACCAAAUAUCUCCAUGCCCGAUGUGGACUUCAACCUAAAAGGUCCAAAGAUGAAAGGAGAUUUCGAUGUGUCAGGAGACCUCAAAGCACCCAAAGGAGACAUUGAAGUUCCAGAUGUUGACAUUGAAGGUUCAGGAGGAUUUAAGAUGCCAAAGAUGAAGAUGCCAUCAUUUGGAUUCAAAGGUCCUAAAAUGGAGGGUCCAGAUGUUGAUGUUAACCUACCAAAAGCUGAUAUAGACAUCAAAGCGCCCAAAGUGGAUGUUAAAGGUCCAGAACUUGACAUUGAAGGCCCUGAUGGUAAAAUCAAAGGGCCAAAAUUCAAGAUGCCAUCCAUUUCUGGACCAAAGAUCUCCAUGCCCGAUGUGGACUUCAACCUAAAAGGUCCAAAGAUGAAAGGAGAUUUUGAUGUGUCAGUGCCCAAGAUAGAAGGAGACCUCAAAGCACCCAAAGUAGACAUAGAGGGGCCAGAUGUUGACAUUGAAGGUUCAGGAGGAUUUAAGAUGCCAAAGAUGAAGAUGCCGUCAUUUGGAUUCAAAGGUCCAAAAUUGGAGGGUCCAGAUGUUGAUGUUAACCUACCAAAAGCUGAUAUAGACAUCAAAGUGCCCAAAGUGGAUGUUAAAGGUCCAGAACUUGACAUUGAAGGCCCUGAUGGUAAAAUCAAAGGGCCGAAAUUCAAGAUGCCGUCAAUGUCAGGACCAAAUAUCUCCAUGCCCGAUGUGGACUUCAACCUAAAAGGUCCAAAGAUGAAAGGAGAUUUCGAUGUGUCAGGAGACCUCAAAGCACCCAAAGUAGACAUAGAGGGGCCAGAUGUUGACAUUGAAGGUUCGGGAGGAUUUAAGAUGCCAAAGAUGAAGAUGCCAUCAUUUGGAUUCAAAAGUCCUAAACUGGAGGGUCCAGAUGUUGAUCUCAACCUACCCAAAGCUGACAUUGACAUCAAGGGACCAAAUGUUGACAUUAAAGUUCCAGAACUUGACAUUGAAGGUCCAGAUGGUAAAAUCAAAGGACCGAAAUUCAAAAUGCCAUCAAUUUCUGGACCAAAGAUCUCAAUGCCAGACGUGGAUUUCAAUCUGAAAGGUCCAAAGAUAAAGGGAGAUGUGGACAUGUCCGUGCCAAUGAUUGAAGGAGACCUGAAAGCACCCAAAGUAGACAUUGAAGGUCCAGAUGUUGACAUUGAAGGUUCGGGAGGAUUUAAGAUGCCAAAGAUGAAGAUGCCAUCAUUUGGAUUCAAAAGUCCUAAACUGGAGGGUCCAGAUGUUGAUCUCAACCUACCCAAAGCUGACAUUGACAUCAAGGGACCAAAUGUUGACAUUAAAGUUCCAGAACUUGACAUUGAAGGUCCAGAUGGUAAAAUCAAAGGACCGAAAUUCAAAAUGCCAUCAAUUUCUGGACCAAAGAUCUCAAUGCCAGACGUGGAUUUCAAUCUGAAAGGUCCAAAGAUAAAGGGAGAUGUGGACAUGUCCGUGCCAAUGAUUGAAGGAGACCUGAAAGCACCCAAAGUAGACAUUGAAGGUCCAGAUGUUGACAUUGAAGGUUCGGGAGGAUUUAAGAUGCCAAAGAUGAAGAUGCCAUCAUUUGGAUUCAAAAGUCCUAAACUGGAGGGUCCAGAUGUUGAACUCAACCUACCCAAAGCUGACAUUGACAUCAAGGGACCAAAUGUUGACAUUAAAGUUCCAGAACUUGACAUUGAAGGUCCAGAUGGUAAAAUCAAAGGACCGAAAUUCAAAAUGCCAUCAAUAUCUGGACCAAAGAUCUCAAUGCCAGACGUGGAUUUCAAUCUGAAAGGUCCAAAGAUAAAGGGAGAUGUGGACAUGUCCGUGCCAAUGAUUGAAGGAGACCUGAAAGCACCCAAAGUAGACAUUGAAGGUCCAGAUGUUGACAUUGAAGGUUCAGGAGGAUUUAAAAUGCCAAAGAUGAAGAUGCCCUCUAUGUCUGCCCCCAAAAUGUCAAUGCCUGAUGUUGAUUUCAAUCUCAAAGGGCCAAAGUUCAAGGGGGGAGUGGAGGGAGAAAACACUACACCCAAAGCUGACGUUGAUGGGUUGGAUGUCUCAAUAGAGAGUCCUGACAUUACACCGAAGAAGUCUAUGUUCAAAAUGCCAAAGUUUGGAUUCAAAGGGCCAAAAGUCAAGUCUCCUGAGGUUGAUGUAAAUCUUGCGAAAGCAGAUAUUAAUGUCAAAGGACCGAAAGGUAGUGUUUCAGAACUUGAGCUUGAUGUUGGGGCUACUAAAGUCAAGGGAUCCAAAUUCAAAAUGCCAAAAUUUGGAUUCAAAAGCCCUAAGGUAGAGAUACCAGAUGUAGAUAUUAACCUACCUAAAGCUGACAUUGGCAUUAAGGGACCCAGUGUUGACAUUAAAGUUCCGGAAAUUGACAUUGAAAGCCCUGAUGGCAAAAUUAAGGGCCCAAAAUACAAGAUGCCAUCAAUAUCAGGACCAAAGAUCUCUAUGCCUGAUGUGGAUUUCAACCUGAAAGGUCAAAAGAUAAAGGGAGAUGUGGACAUGUCUGUGCCAAUAAUAGAAGGAGACCUCAAAGCACCAAAAGUAGACAUUGAAGGGCCAGAUGUUGACAUUGAAGGUUCAGGAGGAUUUAAGAUGCCAAAGAUGAAGAUGCCUUCAUUUGGAUUCAAAGGACCUAACCUGGAGGGUCCGGAUGUCGAUCUCAAACUACCUAAAGCUGACAUUGACAUUGAGGGACCUGAUGUUGACAUCAACGAUGCAAACCUAGACAUUGAAGGUCCCGAUGGUAAAAUCAAAGGGCCAAAAUUCAAGAUGCCAUCAAUUUCUGGACCAAAGAUCUCCAUGCCCGAUGUGGAUUUCAAUCUAAAAGGUCCAAAGAUGAAGGGAGAUUUUGAUAUGUCAGGAGACCUCAAAGCUCCCAAAGUAGACAUUGAAGGUACAGAUGUUGACAUUGAAGGUUCAGGAGGAUUUAAGAUGCCAAAGAUGAAGAUGCCGUCAUUUGGAUUCAAAGGACCCAAACUGGAGGGGCCAGAUGUUGAUGUCAACCUUCCUAAAGCUAACAUUGAUAUUAAGGGGCCCAAUGUUGACCUCGAAGGUCCAGAACUAGACAUUGAAGGCCCAGAUGGUAAAAUCAAAGGGCCAAAAUUCAAGAUGCCAUCGAUAUCAGGACCAAAUAUCUCUAUGCCUGAUGUGGACUUCAACCUGAAAGGUCCAAAAAUGAAAGGAGAUUUCAAUGUAUCAGUCCCCAAGAUCGAAGGAAACCUUAAUGCUCCCAAAGUAGACAUCGAACAUCCAGAUGUUGACAUUGAAGGUUCAGGAGGAUUUAAGAUGCCAAAGAUGAAGAUGCCAUCAUUUGGAUUCAAAGGACCCAAACUGGAGGGGCCAGAUGUUGAUGUCAACCUUCCUAAAGCUAACAUUGAUAUUAAGGGGCCCAAUGUUGACAUCAAAGGUCCAGAACUGGACAUUGAAGGUCCAGAUGGUAAAAUCAAAGGGCCAAAAUUCAAGAUGCCGUCAGUGUCAGGACCAAAGAUCUCCAUGCCAGAUGUGGACUUCAAUCUGAAAGGCCCAAAGGUGAAGGGAGAUUUUGAUAUGUCAGGAGACCUCAAAGCACCCAAAGUAGACAUUGAAGGUCCAGAUGUUGACAUUGAAGGUUCAGGAGGCUUUAAGAUGCCAAAGAUGAAGAUGCCGUCAUUUGGAUUCAAAGGACCCAAACUGGAGGGGCCAGAUGUUGAUGUCAACCUUCCUGAAGCUAACAUUGAUAUUAAGGGGCCCAAUGUUGACAUCAAAGGUCCAGAACUGGACAUUGAAGGUCCAGAUGGUAAAAUCAAAGGGCCAAAAUUCAAGAUGCCGUCAGUGUCAGGACCAAAGAUCUCCAUGCCAGAUGUGGACUUCAAUCUGAAAGGCCCAAAGGUGAAGGGAGAUUUUGAUAUGUCAGGAGACCUCAAAGCACCCAAAGUAGACAUUGAAGGUCCAGAUGUUGACAUUGAAGGUUCAGGAGGCUUUAAGAUGCCAAAGAUGAAGAUGCCGUCAUUUGGAUUCAAAGGACCCAAACUGGAGGGGCCAGAUAUUGAUGUUAACCUACCUAAAGCUGACAUUGAUAUUAAGGGGCCCAAUGUUGACAUCAAAGGUCCAGAACUGGACAUUGAAGGUCCAGAUGGUAAAAUCAAAGGGCCAAAAUUCAAGAUGCCGUCAGUGUCAGGACCAAAGAUCUCCAUGCCCGAUGUGGACUUCAAUCUGAAAGGCCCAAAGGUGAAGGGAGAUUUUGAUAUGUCAGGAGACCUCAAAGCACCCAAAGUAGACAUUGAAGGUCCAGAUGUUGACAUUGAAGGUUCAGGAGGAUUUAAGAUGCCAAAGAUGAAGAUGCCGUCAUUUGGAUUCAAAGGACCCAAACUGGAGGGGCCAGAUGUUGAUGUCAACCUUCCUAAAGCUAACAUUGAUAUUAAGGGGCCCAAUGUUGACAUCAAAGGUCCAGAACUGGACAUUGAAGGUCCAGAUGGUAAAAUCAAAGGGCCAAAAUUCAAGAUGCCGUCAGUGUCAGGACCAAAGAUCUCCAUGCCAGAUGUGGACUUCAAUCUGAAAGGCCCAAAGGUGAAGGGAGAUUUUGAUAUGUCAGGAGACCUCAAAGCACCCAAAGUAGACAUUGAAGGUCCAGAUGUUGACAUUGAAGGUUCAGGAGGAUUUAAGAUGCCAAAGAUGAAGAUGCCGUCAUUUGGAUUCAAAGGACCCAAACUGGAGGGGCCAGAUGUUGAUGUCAACCUACCUAAAGCUGACAUUGACAUUGAAGGUCCAGAAAUUGACAUCGAAGGGAAUGAUGGUAAAAUCAAAGGGCCAAAAUUCAAGAUGCCUUCAAUGUCAGGACCAAAGAUAUCAAUGCCAGACAUGGAUUUCAACCUGAAAGGUCCAAAGGCAAAGGGAGAUUUCGAUGUGUCAGUCCCCAAGUUCGAAGGAGACCUCAAAGCACCCAAAGUAAACAUCGAAGGUCCAGAUAUUGAUAUUGAAGGUUCAGGAGGAUUUACAAUGCCAAAGAUGAAAAUGCCAUCAUUCGGAUUCAAAGGCCACAAAGUUGAGGGUCCAGAUAUUGAUGUUAACCUACCUAAAGCUGACAUUGACAUUAAGGGGCCUAAUGUUGACAUCAAAGGUCCUGAACUGGACAUUGAAGGUCCAGAUGGUAAAAUCAAAGGGCCAAAAGUCAAGAUGCCAUCAGUUUCUGGACCAAAGAUCUCCAUGCCUGAUGUGGACUUCAACCUGAAAGGUCCAAAGAUGAAAGGAGAUUUCGACGUGUCAGUCCCCAAGAUCGAAGGAGACAUCAAAGGUCCAAACCUAGACAUUGAAGGUCCAGAUUGUAAAAUCAAAGGACCACAAUUCAAGAUGCCUUCAAUUUCAGGACCAAACAUCUCAAUGCCUGACAUGGACUUCAAUCUGAAAGGUCCAAAGGUGAAGGGAGAUUUUGAUAUGUCAGGAGACCUCAAAGCACCCAAAGUAGACAUUGAAGGUCCAGAUGUUGAAUUUGAAGGUUCAGGAGGAUUUAAGAUGCCAAAGAUGAAGAUGCCAUCAUUUGGAUUCAAAGGACACAAAGUUGAGGGUCCAGAUGUUGAUGUUAACCUACCAAAAGCUGAUAUAGACAUCAAGGGACCUAGUGUUGACAUUUCACGUACAGAUCUCGACAUCUUAGGCCCUGAUGCAAAGUUGUCAGGUGGUUCCCUUGAUAUGGGAAGUCCCAGUUUCAGUAUUGAAAAACCAGAGAUCAAGUUUCCAAAGUUCAAAGGUCCCACAUUUGGUAUUAAGUCCCCAGAAGUUGAAGGUCCUGAACUGAAUAUUUCUCACAGAAAGAUUGAUGUGAAGGCACCUGAGGUUGACCUUAACCUAGGGGAUGCAAAUAUCAAAGGGCCUAAAUUCAAGGCCCCAAAGUUCCACAUGGGAGGUAAGAGCCCCAAAUUAGAUUUGCCAGAGGUUGACAGUAGUCUAGAAGCCCCUGAUGUUGAUGUUCAUUUCAAAGGAAAGAAAGGCAAAUUCAAACUACCCAAAAUCAAAGGGAAAGCAAAGAAACCUGAUGUAGAUAUUGACCUUGAAACAUCAGGUGUAGAUUUAGAUGUUGACUCUCCUGAGCUUCACCUGAAAGGAGCAAAAGUAAAGAAACCCUUCUUUGGAAAACUUCAUUUCCCCGAUGUGGAAUUUGAUGUAAAAUCUCCCAAAGUUAAAGGUGAUGGCUCUCUGUCUGGUGGCUUGUCAUCUGGGAGCCUACAAGCCAAUAUUGGGGGCCCAGAUGUAAACAUGGAAGUCCCAGAUGUAAAAACUAAGUCUAACAUAAAAUUUCCAGGGAUGAAAAUCAAAGGGCCCCAGGUAAAUGUCCCUGAUGUCGACGUAAAUGUGAACGGGCAAAAUCUGAAAGGUUUUAAAGGUCCUAAGAUAGAUAUUGGAGGAGGAGGAGUAGAAGGAGACUCAAAUGUUUCAGGAUACGGUGGACUACAUUUCCCAGAGGGACACGUAUCAUUCCCCAAAAUCAAUGUUCCGAAGUACCAUGGACCAGAGAUGGGAGUAGAUGUUGAUGCAGGGGCAGGGGCAGGAGCAGGGGCAGCAGUGGUGGGUGGGAAGAUGGAUGUGCAGACUCCUUUGGUUAGUGGUAGCGUUAGUUCUCCGAGCCUGGAGCUGCACAGCCCGGACGUGAAGAACACUGGUGGGAAAGUAAAGGUCAAGAUGCCAAGGUUCGGUUUUGGCAAGUCAAAAGCAAAGGGAGGUAGUGCAGCGGAUCUAAGCUUCCAGGGGCCGGACGCAGAACUGCGAGCCGGUGGUAGUGGCGGCGUUAAGGGCUCCAAAGAGUUGAGUUUAAGUCACGGGGAGUUAGUGAGUGGCAAGUUGUCAGUAGAGGGAGGAUCUGGGCUUGGUGCGUCCCCUAAGAGCAAGUCAGCCUCACUGGAUCUUUUUAAGAAAUCAAGGCAUCGGUCUUCCUCUGUGGCGAGUGACGAGGGAGGUCUGGCUGUGUCUUCCCCCUCAGGUCACUUAAGUGCUGAGGGUGGCGACAUCUCUGUGGAUGUUGAUGGGGCCAAGGUGAAAGGAAAGAAGGGCAAGUUAAAGUUUGGCACCUUUGGUGGUUUUGGCUCAAAGUCGACGGGCUCAUAUGAAGUGUCACUGGGUGAAGAUAGUGAAGAGAGGGUAGAGGUGAGAAGUGGGGGUGUAUCUCUCCCCUCUAAAAAGUCUAGAAUCUCCUCAUCUUCCAGCACCGACAGUGGGUCUAGAGGUGGUUUCCAUUUCCCAAAACUCGAGUUGUCCGUGUCACCAAAGAAAUGAUGAAUUGUGGGGCUGAUUUAUAAACUCUCUCAUGUACUACCCAUAUUAUCGGCUCCAUAUACACA